AUGUCUAGACAAAAUGCCAGUGAAAGCUUCCGUCAGAAGGUUAAGCAGUUCUUUGGCGUGAAAAAGGGCCAUGCUAUCCCAAGUAGCGUUUAUGAAGGUCCAAAAGCUGACGAUCGAGUGUUCCACCAUGAACUGCUGCAGGUAAGCUUUAUCUAUACCCCUGUGAAAUUUUGUGGCGAGCUUAAUAGAUGAGCUGAGCUGAAGUAAAUAGGUAUUUGCUAUUUUGCUCAUAUUUGAAUGUAUAUGAGGAAUAGAGCGUGGUACUCUGAAAAAAAAAAAUUGAUUGUAAAAUGUUUCUAGUGUUUGACUUGCUAUUGCACUGAUGUAGGAUAUUGGCAAGAACAGUCCUUUAGCAAACCGUGUGAAGUACUUAAGGGAUCUGUGUGACUUUCUGAUCAAUAAACGGGUGGAAGAUGUGAGUAUGAUGUGUAGAAUUGAGUUAAAAAAUUUUACAUUUUAGAUACUGCCACUUAAAUGUUUCCUCACAUUCCGUUAUUUGCCUCUGCUAAUCUUGCGGCGUUGAAAAAACCAGGAUCGGAUCGGAUCGGAUCGAUCGGAUCGGAUUGGAUCGGAUCGAUCAGAUCGGAUCGAAAAAAUCGAUCGGACCGGAUUGGACCGGAUCGGAACACGGAUCGGAUCCCCGAUCAGACCGUAGAUCGGAUUACAAGGUUUUCUUUAAGGUUUUAAUUAGCCGAAGUUCUUGUAAAGGUAAACGGUUGUGGGUCUCGAAAUCCAAUGUGGCGGACAAAACGUCAUAUCGUUCGUACUUUCCUGCAACCGCAGCAAGAUUUGUCAAAAAAACAGUCCCCUUUAGAACGAUUUUAAACUAACCUUAAGUCAGAAGUCUUUUUAUGUUUUCAGAAAAGACAGGCAGUACAAAUUUAUAUUUUUAUUGAGCUCAAGUUUAGACCUGAUAAACAUCAUCUUUGUACGGGCUCUUGAAGCAAUAAAAGUAGCCGGCGAAACCUUGCAGAGAAGCCGGCGUACUUCGCCGGCUACCGGCUCUUAUCUACAACCCUGGGAUUAUGGUGUGAAAUAAAGUUUAGAGAAAUAAAAAAAAAUCAAUUUGUUUUUAAAAUAGUAAUUAGAAAUAAAAAAUAAGAUUAAAAAAAAUUUAAAGAUGUUAUUUUUUACUAGAUAUGUUGCGUGACAAGCUAAAAUAGAGUCUAAUGAAUAGAGGGGGUAAGUUUCUGAAUAACUGUGGUGCUGUGUUGGUGGGAGGGUAUAACAGGGUAAUUUGGAAUUAUUGGCCGAGUUGAUAAUGUAAAAAUGCCAAUCAGAAUUUUUUAAGCCAAUGUUUUGAGCAUUAGCCCUUUUUCAGAGGGAACGACAAAGGGCUAAUGCUUAAAAUGUCAGCUUUUGAAGUCUUGAUAGUGGCCAAUUUACGUUAUCAACUCAAUUGAUGAUACCAAGUUAUCUCAAAAUAAAGUCUGCAUUACAUAAUAGAGCACACAUACAGGCCCUGGCCACUGGAAUUUUUUUGCCCCAUGCUUUCGUGACUGUGUCGAGGAGUGUUGUGUAGUUCACCAGGGAUGAAGGCAAGCAAGAUGUACAUAUCAUUUCAUCAAUCAGUUAUUAUUUCUUUAUUUCAUCUCGCGUGCUAAUUUUUUGUUAUUCAUUAUAAAAUAAUUCAAAUAGUACGCGCGCUCUGAUUGGCCAUAAAACCAUAUUACAUGAGGGUAUGUAAACAUGGUUUUUGUUCCUCUUUCAUUAGUUAUUUUAUAAAAGAAAUGUAAAUUGGUUUCCGUGUUUACAUAGCCUGAUGUAAACACUAGGGAGGUUGGGAGAACACUCGAUAAGCUGGAAACCACUCCACUUCGCGUCAUAAUUUCCUAUGCUUAUCUCAUGUUCUCCCAACCUCCCGCGUGUUUACAUCAGGCUAUGUAAACAUGGAAACCAUUUUACAUUUCUUCAAUAUCACUUAGCACAUGCUAGAGAAGAGGCAAGGAGAGGAAUAAGAAUGGUGUAGAUAUGAAAACUUAAUUGCACAUGAGCAAUUAAUGUACAGCAAUUUUUAUGUCACAUAGAUUUUAUUUUGGCUUGUCAGGCAAAAUUUACAAUUCCAACUAACGUGUCUUAUUUUUUAAAUUGUAUUUUCUAUUCAUUGUUAUUCUAAAUACAAUUUGAUUUUUCUAUUUUUCAAACCUUUUUCUUUUGGUCUGUGAUCUGAUCCAUGAUCUGAUCAGGUCCGAUCCAGGUUUUGCUGAUGCUGCUCAUCUUGCCCCUGCCACAUCAAAGUAUUUUCUGAACCUUGUCCAUUAAUUUGUUUUACAAUGAAGAGCUUCUUUAGUUAAGUGAUCAUGUCCAUUAUUCUUGUGACCUUUAUGUUUAAUUCAGGGGUGAUAUUGUAAGGAGAAAUUAGAUGCUAGACACUUUUAGGGUCCAAGGGUUAAUUGAUACAGACUUUAUGGUGUUUGGUUUGCAGCAUGCUAUUGAAGCAGCUUGGGAUGCAGUCAAGGACCUUCUUAAUCCAAGCAACCCUACGGAGGCAAGACAUCUCACUCUCCAGUUUCUGACAGUGAUGAUAUCUGGACAGGUACAUGUCUUGAUGGUUUCUUUACUGCAGAUUCCUUUUGGUGCAGAAGAAAGAGAUAAAUGUUGGGUCUGUCAUUUACAUGGUUUAGUUAACUUUCAGAUUAUCAAUUUUUGCAGUACAUACACAUAUACACAUGCACUGAAAGAAAAUGUACUCUAUUAAAAAAAAACAGUAACAAGGCAAAAUGUAUGUAGCAAUAAAAAUUUUAAUAAAUAAACUAGCUAGUUACCAUUCACCCUUUUACACCCUAGCACCAGUAUGCGUAUUCUCCAUACUGUUCUCAAUACAUUCCUUAAAGUGCUGACUAGGAGAAUUUGUUUAACAAUCAAUAGCUUCUUUAAUUGGUUAACAUUUUCUUUUAUCUUGUGACCUUAAUGUUUGCUACAGAGGCAAUAUUGUAAGGAGAAAAUAAAUGUAAGUUAUAUUCAUAUUCAUCAUUCUAAAUUUGAUUCUGUAAUUGGCAGGACUGCUUACACACAAAAAGAGCCAUUGGCUGGUUUUAAAAGGAAUGGAAAAAAAUCAUUUUCUCCUUUCUGAAUUAAAUCUUAAAUAGAACUUAAAUAGAACAGUUAGUUAAAGUUUAGUGUAAUUUUAACUGUAUAGCUAAUUCUUUUGGUAUUGAAAUAGUUUCUGAAUUAAUUAAGCUUGAUCAUUGUUUUUUUCCUUCUUUUGCAGUUCAACAGACUUGGUAUUUUAAGGGCUCAUUUCUUCUCUGUUGUGGUUAAUCACAAGAUUCCUGAGGACAUAACACCCAGGUUUAAGCUAUCAAUGCUUACAUUUAAAAUCAUGGCUAUGAUUAUGAUCUUGAUGUGCAGCUAUUUUAUAAAUACAAUCUUUUGCUCUUAUGAUUGCCUCAAUAAAAGAACCAGUUUUCAAAGUCUAAAUUAUUGGUAAACCAUAAAGUAAUGUUGUUAUAAUCAAUAUGCAUUUCAACUUCCUUUUUUUUUUUUUGCAACAGUUGAGAGGAAAAUAGAUUGUCAAGAAUAUAAAUUUAUCCAGGUCAUCAGGAAUUGCACUAUAAUUAUUAUUAAUGACUAUGAUCUCCUUUAUCAUGGCUCAAUAAUGACUGCAGCUCAAGGAUAAGGUGGUUCCCACCUGGUGUAUUUAGGACUGGUGUUGAGCUAAAAGUAGUUAAGUUUGACCAUGUAAAUUUGAAAUUAUUAGGUUGGAAUUACUGAAAGCAUUGAGUGAUAAUGGGAAAGACAUUUCAUACUUUGAGGAGAGGACUGGUAAGGAACUAAUUUAAAUCUUUUAACUUUUAGUCACAGUGUCUAAAGUUUUCUGUGAUUGCACAAUUUUUGAGUAACUUUAGAGACUGUGCACCUUGCUCUGGUUGGUUUCACAAUCCUUGGUAUCACCUGACUGUCAUCAUACCUCAUACCUUUAAUUUAAGUUACUUGUUAAUCACUUGAGGGAAUUAAAGGGUUAAGGCUCAGAUAUGAAUGAAGGGUUACAAUAAAAUCUGAUUUGUGGUGGCCUGUAACACUUCUCACUGCUGUCUGUUUAGCCUGCAAGCUGGCUCUAAUAUUUGGGUUUUUGCCUUACCACACAGCUACCUUAACCCUUUACAUCCUAACAUCAGUAUCUUUAUUCUCCUUACUCUUUUCUAUACAUUUCCUUCAGCACUGACAAUGAGAAUUUGUUUAAAGAUUAAAGCUUCUUUGGGUGACAAUCAUUUCCUUUAUUCUCAUGGUCUUAAUUAAUGAUUCAGCCACAUUACUGUAAGGAGAAAUUAGAUGUUGGUCACUCUCAGGGUUUAAAGGGUUAAUUACACCAUUGGCAGCUGGUUGUGGAAAAAAAGUUAUUGAAAUCCCUGUCUUGAAUGAUAUAUAUUUGAAGGUGUGAUGUAUAUGAUGUAGUUUGAAAUAUGGUUGAUUCUUUGGGUGUAAUACAGAUGUCUUAUUUGCCAAAACUAUUUCACAACUUUUCUUAAAUCUUUAUAUUAUUUGUUCUUGAUUUUGGAAAGGUCCUUUUCUGUUAUCUUGGAUGCCAGAAGUGAUGCAAAAAGGCAGGUCAGUAUUUAUCAUUUACCUUCAGGUCUCUUUAAUUUGUAAGAAAAGAACUUCUAAUAAUUAUUAAUAUUACUUUGAUAUUACUGUUUGUGCCAAAUGCAGUAAAAAUCAAAGAGAUUAUUUGCAGGUUUGGAAUGUUCAUCCAUUAACUCUUGUCGCAGUAGAACCUCACUGACUCAAACUCCCCAGGGAUACAAAAAAAUGGUUUGAAUUAGAGAGGGUUUGAGUUAGCUGUUUGUAUAUAACUGAGAAAGUGGGUCAAGGGUGGUCAGAUCUUGUUUGAGGUACUGGGGGGAGAGGGGUUUGAGUGAGCUCAGUUUGAGUUAGUGGUGUGUUCUACUGUAAAUUUUUAUCACACUGUGCAACCAAUAUUCAGUUGUAGCUCUCCAUUUCCCAUUAGUGAAAGAACUCACACAUCAUUAAAAUCUUUGUUAAAGCUGUAGCUCGUGUUUUAAGCAGGUCUUACCUUCUGAUGUUUGAAAUGUUUCUCGAAGAUGUGACAACCUUCUGUUUCUAGAGGACUGAUUAGUUGUUUCUUUGUCAUCUCAGUAUUUUUAACUAAUGGUCUUGAUAUUAUUUCAUUUUUGCUUAUACCCACAGAGUGAAUUUUUUCAUGCCUCUUCUUAUCAAUGUAAUUCACUACAACUCAAGUUUCCUUGAUGAGGAUAUCAUCUCUGGCAUUGUCAGGUAAUUGUAGCACAUGUGCCUUUCAAGUACUGAGGAAGAAAACAAAAAAUAUGUUUUACAUAAUUCAAAUCAUUGAUACAUGCAAAUCUCCUCGUAGCUUAAAAGACUGGUUUUCUUUGAGUCCAGCAAUAAUCAUACAACAUCAUACAACUCCAUUUACUUGCCUUCUAGAAGGCCUUCAUGGUAAGUACUUUUGCAUGAGUGUUUCUUGGCUGGCAGGGAAAGUAUGGGGCCUUCAGCAAUGUAAUCUAGCAAGAGGCCUACCGGGGAUCCAGCACUAACUUUUGAUGCCAGAACCCCAGCAAACAUCUCCCAGACACACCUCAAAUCUUCCUGGGGUCAAAGAAACAUAGGUCUAGCGGCACUACUAAUCAGGGCCUGCUUAAUUACACACUACCCAUUUCCCAAAUGCUUUGUCAUCUUUUCUAGCCUGGGUCUUGUGCACUGAUUGGCACAACUGAAUUUAGGUAGCAUUAUUCAAUGAUUGUUUGCCAUAAUAUGGUAACCAUGGUCACACUAUAAUGAUACUUAUUUUGCAUUUUUAUAAUUUUUUCCUGCCAGGCAAACCUGUCAUCUUUCAAGAACAACUAAAGAGGAAGAAGAAGUUGAGGUUAUUGUAAUUUUUUGUCAUCCAAAUGCACUAUAAAGCUUAAACUGUGAUAUCAAGUACCCUGCUCUGAUACAAGGGGUGGCAAACAGUAAAUUUGAGUCUUGUGAGAUAUCAGGACCCCUGUUUUAAAAUCUGAGAUGGUGCCCAACCAAAUUGCCACUUGUUCAUGAUGAAGGGCUAACAUUCUCAACAAAAGCUCUAGAAACUCUUUGCAGUGGCCAACUUACAUUUAUUUAUCAACUCUGUUGAUAAAACCAUAUCAUCUUGUUAUACCCCACUAAUGCAGCACCAACAUUUCAUUUAAUGUUUAUAAACUUACCCCCUUUAUGCCAGUUGUAGCUGCACAACUCCUUCCUUCUUCUAUUUUAUGAUGUGAAAAUUAUUUUCACACUAGUUUUGUAUUAUUAACUUUUAUUCUGUAGCUGUGCCUGUGUUUGCUGGAUGCUGUGGUCCGUUACAGUUGUCUGCCGUCCAAUACAUUGUUUGAGUUCAUAGCCACAGCCUGCCGGGCUGUUAAUAUCGAAAAGUUUUGUCAGCGCAGCUGGAAGGUAAUUGAACUGUCAAGAGACCUAACUAAAGGCUGCAUGUACUUUUUCAAUAUCUGAGAAAUACUAUUGCUCAAAUGUUUUUUAGGGAAAAAGGAAGGAUUUUUUUCAUUCAUUCACUUGACCAGAGAGUUUUUUUUCUUUUGGCGCAGCAGUUGACACUAGCUGAAUUAUAUGGUUAUGAUAAUACGCCCACACAAUCCUUGUUGUGUCUCUCCUUUGCAAAUCAUGAUUUUACCGCAAAAUCUUAGUCAUUUUUCAGCAGGAGUGGGGGGUGCAAUUGUUGUCUGGGGAAGCUCAAAAUGUGUUUCUUGCAACAUUUUCGUUGUGUCUCUUUCAACAAGAUUUCUCUCUCUGUAAAUAAAGCUUAUCUUUAUAUUUCAGAUAAUGAGAAAUUUGCUUGGAACUCAUCUGGGUCACAGUGGAGUGUACACCAUGUGUAAUGUUUUGGAAGACAGGUAGAGAUUAAGCAAAAUCAGUACCGACUGUACAUUAUAUUUCCUCUACGUUUCAGUACAAUAUUGCAUUCUCAUGCUGAUCAUGCAUGAUGUCACCUGAAAAUUUUAUGUGUUUCAAUUUCUACAGAUUUUUCAGAUCGAACUCCAGAAUCAAAAUCGCGCAAAAUAUACCAAAAAUUUACCCAUUCCCUUUCUCCUCUCAUUCGUGAAUCGCCCUUUGCACUCACCCAUCGCUCUUGCAUUAAUGAAAAAAAAUUAACGCCUGUUUCUGAGGCUCACUGAUUCGACGGGAGGCGCUUAAAUUUGAGGAUUGUCGGUAUGAGUCAUUACAGCACGGUUUAGCGAGAGGUCACUCAUAUUGAAGAAAUGUAAAAUGGUUUCCGUGUUUACAUAGCCUGAUGUAAACACGUGGGAGGUUGGGAGAACACGAGAUAAGCGUAGAAAACCACGACGCGAAGCGGAGUGGUUUCCAGCUUAUCGAGUGUUCUCCCAACCUCUCAAGUGUUUACAUCUGGCUAUGUAAACACGGAAACCAUUUUACAUUUCUUUUUUAAAAUAACUAAUGAAAGAGCCUCUUCUUGCAACGAAGGAAAGCGACGUGCUUGUUGUUGUUCAUUUGGCUUUUCGGCCGUUUCUUGAAUACUGGGAAAAUUAAACUCCAAAGAAAAAUUAGGAAAAUCUUCUUCCAUUACUGUACUCAAAGUGCUCUGGUUGAAAUGUGGAGAAACAAUUUAUGCUCGUGUCUAUGUAGUGAUAACAGAAGCGACGUCAUGCUGUUAAGAGGCUCUGUGUUCUUCAUUGGAAUGUGUCUGUGGGGGUCACAGCGAGUGCCAAACCUCAAGUACUCCAGUUCCACUGUUUUACCUUCUAUGCUACAGGUAGGAAUUUCUUCUUAUUACACUGCUUUCAAGAACACUGUGGAUCUGCUACUGAGUACCGAAAGUCAUCCGAGAUUUUGUUGGUUUUCCUUCUCCUCAAACUUUGAUUGGUCUUAAAAAAUUCACACCAUUCCGUUAACCAUUUAGAUUCAAAACUGAAAUCAAUUAUGACUUCAUCACUCGAGUAAACUAGAUGUUUAACUUUAACGCAGAUAUGAUCAUGGUAAUGAUCGUCACAAAAUAAAUAAUCUGAGCUGAAGUUUAAUAAGUGAUGGUUUAAAGAAGGUGUAAAAUCCGCCAAGAAAACUUGUGGUCGCCUGCCUGGUUUCUGUCGUUCGUCUGUUGGGAUACUGUUGUCUCUAGUAGAGUAUCAGUGUUCAAUUUUGGAAUCGGGCACUGGAGUCUAAAAUCGAACACUAGUGUCUAAAAUCUGACCUUAGUGUCCAAAAUCGGGCAGUAUUGUAUAAAAAUGAGAUGCUAGUGUCUAAUAUCGGCCACAGGCGUCCAAAAUGGAACACUAUUACAUAAGUUCAUGUAGUGCUCUGAUUGAUUGUUUCUAAAGUGACGGUUUAAACAUCGGUGAAUUUCUGCGAUGCUUCCGGGGUUAUAGUCGGCUGCUUUUACCCCUCUUACCCGCUGAUAUCUGAUUAAAAAUUCUCCCUUGUGACUCUCUAUACAUUUCCUUGUAAAUCGGACAAAGGAAUCUGGGGUUACAUGAAGAUAACACCUAUUAGCCCAUAAGUCUGUCUGCUCUUAUUAAUUUUUUGCAGGAUGACCUGGUGAAAUCACCAAGAGAAGUUUUAUCAAUUACUUCUCAGAACUCAAGGGUUAUAGCUAUCUGAACCUCCCUUUUUUUUCAUCUCCAGGCUUUGUCGUGCCAUCUCAGCUUGGUGGCCCUGGAAGUGACCCUCUCCCUACAGAGACUUGUGAAGAAGUAUGGUCAAGAACUUCAUGUUGUGGCCUGGGAUGCGGUGUUAGAUAUCAUUGAAGCUCUGCAACAAGAGAUCGAGGUAUGAAAGGACCUUUAUUAAGAGGUCUUGAUAACGGGAAGGGAGGGGCUGCUGGGGGCAGUUGUUCCCUGCAAGCUUUUGAAAGCUUGGCUAAUGUAAUUUUGUGAUCUUAGUUUGACUUUUCAAGUUCGCCAAUCGAAGUCUGUAUGAAUCUUUUCCAUCAUUAGCCUUCCUAGUUCCUAAGCGAUUCAUUUUCUUUUCUGCGAAAGAUUCGAGGUGUCUUAAGAAGAAAAUCUUCGGAGAUUUUAAAGUUUAUGUACCUUUCUGUUCCUAAAAAGUCAAACCGGUUAUUCUGUAAUUAUUGUCGUUGUAGGAAAUUAGCCCGCCUGAUAAUGCCCUGAUUGAAAAUCUUCACAUCCUGUUGUUCAAUGUAGAAGAUCUCUACGAGAGUGGAAAGUUUAAUGGGCCUGAAGAAAGGUUCUUUGCUUUGGUAGAGAAGAGUGCUGGAAUGUUACCUGUAAGUAACAGAACACGAGUGAUCCCUCAGGUCAUUCCCUAGUAUUAUACUACGCAUCCUAACGUGUGAUCAGCAGGCGCUCGUUGGAUCGAUAAACGUCUUGUUCUCCUAAACAAAAACGGUUAAGUUUUCCUUGCUUCUUUUUGUCCUCAAUUGAGCGACAACUUUCUUUCUCCCAAGAGAAUUUAAACUAAAUAGCGACCAAUUUUUUUGAGAAGAGCACUUGUUUAGGAAAACUUUCAAGUGGAAUUAUUUCUUUGUCCCACGCUCGUGACAAAACGAAAACAACAUUUCUCUCUGUUUUAUAGUUGUUGAUAUUAUUUUCAUUUGUUGUCAUGGUAAUUAUGAUUUAUGAUUGUCUUGCUUCUCUUGCAGGAUCGUUCUCUUCAAAUCUUGAUUUCAUACAAAGCCCAGUCAGUGCAUCCUGCUCACGUUGGAUGGCUCGUGAAUCUUCACGAUCUUAUGGAAAAAUACUUCAGGUACCGUUAUUAACGUGUGCAGUUUCUUUCCUUGGUGAAAAUGGGGCUCUCGCAUGGACGCUUUCUUCCUGAGGUUCCCUUGAGCCAACCUCGUUCGUUAGGUACUCUCUCAUCCUGGGAACGAAGUUGCUGUUGAGUUUCAUUUACAUGUUUAUAGAACGCUUUCCAAGUGAGUCGCAUAACAAUUAAACCAAGGUUACCUUGCCUCAACGUCAAGAAAAAUGCGAGAGACUGUAAUUCGCGCUUGGGCUUAUUUUUGAGUGGUUCAGAAUUGGUGCAAAUUUUCUUGGCCCAUGACAGGGCUCUGUAAAAGAAAAUCAUUUUAACUUCAGUCUCGUUUGACUCUCAGCGGAAAUUGCUGUAAAGUACACAAAAGGAGGCACAAAAUUCGCAUUGUUUGAUCAAUAUUGAUGCACGUGUGUGGUUAUGGCCAAGACAAACCCAACAGCCAUUCAUACCAGUGAAAAAUGUUUCUCUCUCCUUCCAGAUAUGAAAUCCGCACAAGUGUAAGAGUGAAAGUGCUGACUGUCCUUUCAUCGGUGCUUACAUCAUAUGGCCACUGGUAUGAGGUGGGUUGAUGUGCAGUAGUUCAAGUCAUGUCUAACGCUACGGGCGGCCCAUGAAUGCAACUGAUUAUCUCGUCGUCUGCCGCAUGAAGCGCCUUGAAUUAUUGAUACUCCCUAGAGGUAGAGGUUCCUUUCAGAGGAUUUAUUUUGAGACCACACAAAACUGAACCAGGGGGUUGUAUCAUGAUUUUCCAUUUCGAACUUUCAACAAAUUUCCGGGUUUUUUUUCAGUUCAGCAAUUCUGUGUAUGGUUUCUAUUUGUACGCUUGUGUUUUCAUGAACGCAAAGAUGUUUUUGUUGCCAAAGAAUUACCAGUAAGGUAAAGAAAGGGUCUGCAUUUCAAAAUGUCGUGGAAAAGCUUCCUUGACUCAACUUCUCGAAUUGCAAGAACUCUGUAGCCAGGAGGAAGCUUAACAUAAAGGAAAACUCCUCGCGUCUGUCAUACAUAACUCCUUUGUCCUAAUCAAUCUUCGUAGGAAGAGUUGUUGGAGCAUGCAGUGUUACCAUACCUUAUUCACAUUCCUGAAGACCAAGAUGUAACAGUACGCAAUGUAGCUGUGCAGAUAUUGCUGGACUUGUGUCAGAUGUCAGACUCUCAGAAGUGUCAAGACUUCUUGGACAUAAUCGAGAAGGUACCGACUGAAAAUAGGCAACGUCUGUUGUGCGUCUUUUUGUCUUGAUAAAAGUGUCUUUCCAAGGCUGAAUUAAUUUCAACAUCGAUGAUUCGUACAUAACUGGGUUAGUUUUGUCCAGAUGUGACUUUGAGAAACUUUCAAUGUAGGGUCAAACAUAAGUGCAUUCGUUUUUCUCUUCGUGACUUUGCCAACUGGGUUUUCCUGUAUAUCAAGCAUUUUUUUAUUGUUCAGUCUUACUGAGUUUUCAUGGGCUUCUUGGGAUGUCUUCCUUUUUCUGAUUGGUUAUUGGCAUUGAUUGUACUUUCACGAUGCCCAAUUGAACCGCGCUUUACUCUUUACUCUCACCGUUUACAAACAAACGAGAACCACGAAAGAUAUGCAAUUAUACCAAGCGGAUUCCACAUCUUGUGUAAAUUAUUUAAUGUUGUUGUCAUUGCAGGUCAUCAGUAAGCACGUGGAGCUGCAAGGAAAGAGUCCUCCACUAGAACAGCAGGAACAGGUAUGAACCGAUGGGGUACAAACUAAGCUCUUUCUUCAAUCUGUUCUUUUACUUGGUUAAAAACUCGCGCUACCUUGUGAUCAGUCUUUUGCGAGGUAACUUGAUCCGUUCACUCACGUUUUCCGGAGCAUUUUCAUUCAGUGCUGUUACAAUGACUUCUCCCAGCCAUUGUAAUUACUUUGCGAGAUUCAAUGGAAAAGUGCUCCAAUGAGUUAAUGAGUACUUUUAGGUUGUGGGCGUGAGCCUAUUCGUACCGUUGAAAAGAUGAAAAGCAACCGUACUUGUAAUAACAUGGACCACAUGUGGAAGAGGGUUUAUGGUAAGCUUCAUUGAAUGUGAUCGUUGCGUUUGUGCAGAUGCUGCAAGAGGAAAAAGAACUAAAAGAUGUGAAGACAGCUGUCAGUGGAUUGGUCGAAGUGUUCAAGGUAAAACGCUUAGUUAUCAUCUUUAAGUGAUUCCAACUGAAUCCCAUAGAAAUAAAAUCACAAUUCUCAGCUUUUUGCAAGUCUGUUAGUGUUCAGGUUGCAACAAAGAGGCACUUAAGUUUGCCUCUUUUCACUCCAUGGUGUAAAUUGAAUCUGAAACUUAUUAUGAAGUGCUGUAACUAGUGCGAUGAAAUAGAAUCCUUAAGUGGGGUUGUCAUUAGGGAUGAAUUGGGGACGAAGGCUUACAAGAAAGGUAUAAGCUCAUUCGAGUAUUUACGUUAUUUGAUCUUUCUACAGCUCAAGUUGUUUCGUUUACCUCAUGGUCACGCUGUUCGGACAUUUGAAUUGCUGGUCUCUCACGUGAAGGCGCACUAUAACCAUUGUUACAGUACUUACAUUGCAAGUGUCAUUAGGAACUUAGUAAGCUUUGCUUUUCUUCGAUUGGUUCAAUUAUGCAGUAAGGGGAGUGGGGUGGGGGGAAGGGGGUAGAGUAUGGAGGGAUAUAUCAUGUUGGAUCACAUGUGAACAGUUUUCUCUUGUCAUGGAAAUAUAUUUUGGCUACUUUUGCAACUGGUUGUUGCAUUUUGAUUGGGAUUUAUUGUUUAUGUUACUUUCAAAGAUGAUUUCGCUCUUCCUGAUAAUCAUACCGUACAAUUUGCCUGAUUAUAACGUUAUGUCAGAUUUUCAUCUUCUUUUCUGGAGAUCAAACAAAACCUCGUGAGCCUUAUCCUCAUGAAAAAACGUAUAAGAAUGUAUCAAUGUGAUCGAUUUAGGUACCAAUCAUUUCGUAUGAGAUACAAAUCAGCCACAAAACAAACUCAGUAUGGCUUAAAUCGAGCAGAGUUAGAAUGAUUAUUCAACUAAAAAAAAGUGUGAUUGAAUGAUUCAGACCGAGGUCAAGUUUCCCAUAUUUGAUGAUGGUACAAAGUUCUUUGUACAAGGGAAGAGCCACAAAUUGAUACUUGAAAACAUGGAAGAAAAUCUCGCCAAAAAGAUACAAGGAUUAUUGAGCUGAUAUCAACUGACACUGGUGAUACGCGAGCGACCGUAAGAUGCUAAAUUGAUAUUGUACAGUACUUUCCUUAAAAACUGAAACUAUAAUGUGUUAAAUCCUAAAGGCCUUUGAGUGCUUUCUGAGUUUACGCUGUGACUCCAGUUUACGACUGGGUUUGUCUGAUGCCAGUGAAGAAGGAGAAGAAGAAGAAAGGAGUUUUAGGUUCAGCCCUUACUUUACUUGUUUACAGAGGUAAGCGCUUCUAUCUGGACAUUGAGUAAUCAACUAGCUUCAGAAACUUCACUUUUAGUUAUCCGAACAGUUACAACUGUUAUAACUUUUAAUCGAGGAAACGGUUACUCACGUCGAAAGGAUUUUCAGAGGUUUUCAAAUCUUUUUUUUACUCUCAGAAGAGCUGGUAAGGUCUGUAAGACCUGUAUGAAUCAUUCUAAGCUUAAGUGUUUUAAAAAAUUGAGAAGCUGAGCAAAUAAUCGAUAGACCAAGUGCAGCAAGGAAUAAAACGGGGAAAUCUAAUGCUCACAGAAAAACUCAAGAUUCCUUUAUCUUGACUCUUGCUGAAAAAUAUGUCUGUCCUUGAAUAAGUUAUGACAUGAAAAGAUAUGCCUAUAACCAUUCAUCCGCCUUAAAUCGGGGCUAAUUAACCUGAUCAACAAGCUAACGAACCAAUUUCCGAAGAUGAGUUUGAGUGGACUUUGUAGGGGAAACUAGAGAAGGUUUGUUGGUGUUGAAAGGUUAUCUCUGUGUUGAUGAUGAUAAUGAACGUAACCAUCGCAAGAUAAGAAAGGUUUUCACUAUUCAGACAUUGCUGUAAACAUUCCAAGGUUACCCUUGUCACCACCAAUAAUGAUCAUUAAAACAUGGUGUGGAACUACGUCACAAGCAAAAUAAAAGAGACCCAUCGAGAAAAAUAAGAAACAUAUCUCAUUGAUUACUAAUUUUUAUUCUUUUUCAAAUGACUUACCGAAACUACACUCAACUUUAUUGAAAGCCUUUGUCUACAGAUUUAUCAAGUGACGUAUAGAUACCAACUGGAUUCUUUUAAAGGCUCUACUCGUACCUUGCCGAUCUUUCAGAAACGUUUUCAGAAGUCCCUCCUCCCUCUCCCUUCGGACUUUCUACUGAUACGUCAUGAAACCUCCGUCGUAAAUCUUAAAGCCCACUUUUUACAUAACGAGAAGAACAACAGCACACUAAAUUGUACCCAUAACAAUUUUUUGACAAAAUUACAUUUACUUGCAACUUCAUGAAAUGGGUCUGAAUCGGAGAAAAGGAAAGAGCAAGUAGAUUAAUUAAAGAAAACAUGUUUAUACCAGCAAAUGUUAUAUCCAGCUGUAUGGACGUAUUCGUGCUAUUUUUCAGUACUGCUUUGUUUCUUUACGGCUUUAGUGCGUUACAAGAAUAACUUAUUCAUACCUUGGUCUCAUUGGUUGCACCACUAUACCAUCCUGUUUAUGGAUGAAUUGAAAAAAUAUUUCAAUUAAUACCUAAAUAUUUUGAAGCUUUUAAUACGAAUGAAUACUUCACUGGUUUGAAUUUGGUGAACCCCAUCACUUGCCUGUACAGAAGAGAGACUUUGAGCAAUUGCAUUUGUGUCUGUCAACCAUGCCUGCAAAAUAAAAAAGACUGUAACUUUCGGAACUUGCUGUUAAAAAUCAUACGUCACUCUUUUGUUGUCAUGUUCUUGUCAGUGGUAUGCGUGCCCAUGUGCUUUCUUUUCGUUAUUAUCGCUUGGGUCUCGUUGUGCUGUUUUCAGAAAUAACACUUUGUUUGAGGCUUCGUGAUGGGGAUGAAAAUCGUAAACACACACCAACGUUGGACUCUCCUUUACAGAAUUGGCGUGUCUCUGAUGUGUUAAAUUAGUUAAUUUUAAUUUACAAUAUGUGGGUUUCCAUACCAUUUGAAGAACAUGCUGUCGAAUUGCCAUAUUUUCUAUCUUAACUUGGAAUUUAAUGUCUUUCCUGAAAAGACAUUUCAUUUAAUUAGACGGAUUUGAGCCUUCGUUUUGGUCUGUUGAUUUGUUGUACAGCUUGAAUACUUCACAGAAAUAACUUACCAAGACCUUGGCCUCAAUGCAUGUACCACUGCACCAUCCUGUUAAUUGUAGAAUUUACAUAAUAAUACCAUUAGUAUGCAAACGUUUCUUAGUCAUGGAACCUCUACAGAGAAAUUUUGAAAUGCCUAAAAUACUCAGUUAUUUUUAUGUUUUUGUUCAUGGAUUUUAUUUCUUUUUAUUUGGGAAUCUGAUUAUUUGAAAAACUGGCAUUAACUUUCUGGACUAAUCAAAUAACGAAGUAAAGCCAAAUAUUUUGUCUAAUAUUAAUCUGGUAUGAUAUUUGCAACAUCUUUACAAUAUUAAAAAUUAAAUCAAUGAAUCUUGUUAUUUGGACGGCAUUUCGUAGUUUCAGAUGAAGUAUAUUUUGAAACUAGUGUUGGCAAUCUUUGCAAUGUUAUAAAGCCUGAAAACCCCAUGCAGUCAAUGAGACAGAAUUGACCGAUGAGAUCGAGCGUACCAGUGUUACUGCUAAAGUGACUAAUAAGGCAUAAUGAUGUGGGAGCACACUUUACUAGUUUUAUUUAUUUUUGUACAAAGCGAUACCGGAGCAAAAACAAUAGGACAUAAGUCCCCUACUAGGUUUAAGCUCCAACCCAACCCAACCCAACGAUGUUUGAUGAUAAAUAUCAUGAGGGCAUUACUUGCCUGUACUGAGGAGAGGCUUUGUGGAAUUGCAUUUGUAUUAGUCAACAAUGCCUGCAAUGUAAAAGAGAAGUAACUUUCGGACCUUCCUGCUAAAGAUCAUACACCACUCUGUUGUUUUCAUGUUCCUAUCAGUGGUAUGCAUGCGCAUGUGUUUUUCUUACCAUUAUUAUCUCAUGUGUCUCGUUGGACUAUCCUCACAACGAAACUUUGUUUGAGGCUUCGUAAUGGUGAUGAAAAUCGUAAACCUUACUUACAUUAAUGUUGGACUCUCCCUUACAGAAUUGGCCUGUCUCUGAUGUGUCAAAUUAGUUAAUUUUAAUGUACAAUAUGUGGGUUUUGUUUCCGUACCAUUUGAGGAACUUGCAAAUUUAUGUUAUUCCUGAAAAGAAAAAUAAAAUGGAAAGAAGAUUAAUUAAAGUAACCAUUGUACCAAAAAAUGUUAAUUCCAGUUUAAAAGGCAAAAUGCUGUCCACUUCCUACAUGAAUCAUGUUAAGUUACACGCAGGGGGAUUAAAGAUCAGUUCAAUGUAUUCGCCAGCUUUCACUACGAAGUAUACGUUGUAAGACGUCGGAACUCGUUAGGAAAUCUACCCAAAGUCUCGAAUUGAAUGCUACAGAUUGUGAUUAAAACAAGUUGUUGUAAAGAACUGGAAGAUUCACAACAGUGAAUGUUGAAAGUUCUUCGAGCAUGUUAUAAAGAAUCGGCCAAUUGGAGAUCGCGUGAUCUCAAAAAUAAACUUAAUGUUAACUCAAAGAUCGAAAACCUGUGGUGCUUGCAUAAUGAGGCUCAUAGAAACGGAAUUGAUUAUUGUUCUAGAAUGAUAUUUAUGCCAAGUAACUGUUGCGUAGUGGUAUUUCUAUCUUCAUGAAUGAUUAAAAGCACGAUUCUAAUUUUAGCUUUCACAGCAUAGCUACAAACAUAGCAUUUAUGAUCGUAGUAUUCAAUGACGUCCACAAAAAAUUGUUUGGCAGCAUGCGUAAUAAAACAAUCGUUGACUAAGGUUUUCCUUGGCUUUCGGAAAACACGAACUUCGGCCUCGAUAUAAUGCAAAAAAUAAUAGCAAUAAUCCGUACUCUAGUUCUGAUGUGAUAAUUUAGCAAAAUUUGUUUUUCCGAUAAUGUAUAGAAGUCAUUAGUAAUUUAUAGUUCAUACGUAUAUACAUACAUACAUAAAUACAUACAUACCUUAUUUGGUAUAGAAGGUUAAAUUAAAGGCAGUCAGAGGCUGAUGUGGAUCUAUUGUCUACGGAAUCUAGCUAAAACUAUCUUAGUGUACCACUAUUAAAUCGGAUCAAAAUUAAUACCAAAAAUAUUUAAAAACUAUUCAGCUAAAGCUAUCUAGGCGUUCUGUUAUAAAAUUUGUUCAAAAUAACAAUACUGAAGAUAUUUACAAUCUUGAUUCUUAUGGGAUUAAAAUUACAAUACUAAAAAUAUUUAAAAUACAUUGAUUCUUGUGGGAUACCAUACAUGUUUCUUUUAGAAAGUUAAGAUCAUUAAUAAAAUUCUUAUGCCGACGUUCUUUUAGAAGGUUUUUAAAGUUCUUGAGGGAGUGGGAAUGUUUGAGAGAGGUAGGGGUAAGUUGUCAAGCUGGUGGGCCUCUGCCAAUGUCAAAGUUGUAUCUGGGUACAACGAAGUGAUUACUAUUUCUGAGGUUAUAGUGUUGAUUGGCAAUACUAAAGAGGUUUGCUAUUUUAUCUGGGGUAAUAUCCCUAUUUACUUUGUAAAUUAAGAUGAGAAGCUUCUUUUUAUAUUGGUUUGAUAAUGGCUCCCAUCUAGUACUAUCUAGGGCAUCUUGAUCUGAUAUGUCCCGUGGCAGUCUGUAGAUGAUUUUCAGUGCAAUGACUCAGCAGGGGUUCGUCUUUUCAGGAGUUGGGGCAACACAACUGGACCCGAAUUAAUCGGUUUUUCUGAGAUAUCUUUCGAACAUAUGACAUUCCUUAAGAUGCAAAAUUGUGGAAAUUCGACGGCUAAUGCAAAAAAGUAAUCAGAAUUUUCUAUCAUGAGAGGCAAUGUUUUCUAGCAACCUUGAAUACUGAAUAACUUUUCCAAACGAACCAUUUUUGUCUUUUGCGAAUUUGUGUAUCAUAAUUUGUUUCGUCGUGCCCUCGUCCCUUGUACAACCAAACAACUGAAAAUGGAUCGCUCUUUUCGUGUAUGUUCAACUGUUGAUCAAAAGAUGGAGUUGGACAUAACCCUCUGAAUGAAAUAGACGACAAAAAGGUGGUAAAUCCUUAGGUCGGUUAUCGUAUAAGAGGGAAUAUGUCUUAAAGAUAUUCGUCUGUAGCGUGGAAUAAAAGAAAUGGAAUGCUUCACGAGUAUUAAAACCUCAAAGCUUCCGAUCACGUAGUCAGAUUAUCUACCUCCUGAUUCACAGAGAAAUCGUUAGUAACAUAUGUGGUUGACUUGCUACAUACUAUUUGGAUCAGUAAUGUCGAAAGCGUCGCGUGUGAAUGUGUCUAAAAGUUUUUUCGAUUGCAAAUCGGAAAGGAAAAGUAUUAUUCAUCCACACCUUCGCUUUUAUACGUUUUUCAAUAGACUUUGACUCGCAUAUUUUACUUUUGUGUUUGGACUUUGAUGGUACUAGUGCAUACUUUGUGUUACCGUUUCAUUUCAGUGACUCUGACACAAAAACGUCGUCAUCGUCACAUCUUGCUUUGAUAUCUUACUCUGACGUGUUUCAAGCCAUUUUGAACUGCAUGCAGUAUGUGAGUACAAUUUUUCUUUUUUCACAGUUUAACAGCCAAUUUAAGAGAUGACCAGAUGGUCUUCGUCGACCCUUACCAGACGAAAAACAGCAACAAUUUGCGAGCGUUAUUCUGUUUAUUUACAUAUUUAAAGAUAUUUUUUGUGAUCAUCAUUUUGUCUUGUAGGAGUGGGACUGGACAGUACUGGAGCAUGUUUUGAGUGGACUACCGGAGGUCCUACAAAAUAAGAGCCUUAUUCUAUCAGCUAAUCCCGCGUUAAAUACCAUGACGUCAGUACUGUGCAAUAUAGUGAGUUUUUUUUGUGGGCCUGUUAAGCCACCGGUCUUCUCACCCCAACCUCCCGAGAGGCGCUUAGGCGAGAGAGAAAGGGUGUCUUUCGGGGCAUUGGAGCGAGGAGAUGGCCGACGUCUUCUUGGCUUCAACAACAUGAGUUAGAACCAUAAAGUUUUAACUUUAAAGCGAGGUUAAGGGGCUUAUUUGGAUGUACAUGAAAAGAUAUUGACAAUAAGUUUGUCCACGAUUAUCUGAGAGGUGUACAAACUUAACCAACGUAAUUAUGAAGUACAGUUGAACACUUUACUCUCUCGCUGGUUUUCUUUCUUUUCUUUUUUCUUGAGAUCUUAUUAAUCUUUCAACGCUUCAUAUGACCCGUAGGUUUCGGAACCUUCUUUCAUCCUGGAUCUUCGUCGUGUUCCUCCCGGUGUCGGGAGAGUAGGACUUCAGGCUUUGAUUUUUCCAGUAAGUAUAAAUUAUGUAUAUAACUUAUCCAAUUAGAGCGCAGCUCGAUUGAAAUAGGUAAAAUUAUUGUCUGUGUGGUUACAUCUGUGGGUCAGGCCAUUUGAAGUAAUGGCAAUGACCUAAGGAGUACUCUUCAUAAAAAGUGCGAGAACAUACGAGUGGCUGGGAGGUUACUUGCAAUGUAACAACUUUUCACCGAGGGAGAGCAGACAUAUUCCGAUUUUAUUAGACCCACAGAAACUGAAGAUCAUCACUGGCGGUCAAAGGGCAGCUGGCUCUCGAAGCUAACUUUCCUUUUUUAUUUUAAAAGGUUUUAUCGGUUCUUGCUACAUACCACUCCAACCUGGACAGGGGACGGCAGGUGAGAUUCCAUCUUAUCGAUUCCUAUCAGGGCCACACUGGAAAAUUAAACUUGCUCAAUAUUACCAAGGAAUUUUCCGGAGUAUAAGGUGAUCACUUUUUAUCCUUGGGAAGUCCUCGGGAAAACAGAUGCGUUGACUGUGACUGAACUUUCAGCAAUACUCCUUUUCAGAAUUACUCUCACACGGACUACACAAUUUGCACGGUAAACACGGUCCUCCCUUUCAGACACGAUCAAAUAUUGAUCCUGGGCCUAGACAUCAACCGUGAGAUCGAUUCCACAAUUUCCGCAUUGGAUGCGUCUCAUGCUUUUAUAACAAUAACAAAAAUGUGAUCUAUAUUUUAGUUCGAGUUGGUGAGGACUUUGGAGCUGGGUUUAGUGACCAAGUGUGCUGUCUUAUGUGUCUCUUCACUCACCCUGUGCACCAUGGAAAUGCAAGCAGUUAUGAAAAGGCAAGCUAAUCAAAUCCAAGGUUCUCAAUACAAAUAACUCAAGUUUUAAAUGUGAGAUUAUAGAAUUAAUAGAAUUUAAUAGAAUUUAAGAAUGGCAUUAUGUGACAAACCUGGAGGUUUGGUGAAAAAGGCAGCCACAAAAUAGAAGAAACAAUCAUAAAAAUACAGAGAUGUUUGCUUUUGUGUUUAACCCUUUAACUCCCAUGAGUGACCAAGACAUAAUUUCUCCUAACAAUAUCAAUAUUAUAUCAAGCAGAUAAGUGAUGAGAAUACGAAAAAUAUUAACUGGGGGAUUUUUAGUUGAUCCAAUACCAAGUUCUCCAGACUAACAUCAGAAAAACUAUAUGGCAGACAGUAAGGAGAAUUACCAAUGAGAUCUUGAGAGUUAAAGGGUUAAGUGACUGACGGCAGACUGCGAGGGCCGUUUAUUUAAACAAAGUUUAGCCGUUGUUUAACAAAAUCGCGUUUUAAACUAACUUGGAUUCAGCUGAAUCUUUUAUCUGAACAUUUAUGUUUGUGAGCAGUGUCAAGAGCGCCGAAAGCAGUGGGAGGACAUUCAUUUAAUGAAAACAACCUCCUUAUAAAGAAUGCGUAAGGUGCACUGCUUGCAUAAAAUCGCGCUUUGGGUUACCCAUCUUAUAAGUAACCGGCCCAAAGAGUUAUUGAUUUCCAGGUUUUUUUCUUAAUGGACAGACCCUAAUUUUGUCACAGUUUUAAAGGUUACCUAACCCUAAGUAAAAAUUUCUCGGUGUUUUGUCUUUAUUUCCAGUCUUCUUCCAGCUCUUUUAGUGCGGUUGACUCAGAUCUCCGCAACUGUUGCCAUGGCAGCACCCAUGCUGGAGUUCCUUUCAGGUAAAAGUAUUUAUCUUAGGAUUGAAAAUGAGUCUUGAAUAAUUGCAAAGCAUAGAGACUUGCAAAUUUAAAAACUCAAGAGCUGCAAUAAGUUUGGAGAGUAAAAAUUAAGUAACAGCCGGGUACAAGUGUGGAGCUUAUUUGCCAGUGGAAACCUUUCAAGGCAUCUAAAAUUGAUGUGAAUUGUCUUAGCAAACCUUUUCACAGCGUGAUCUAAGAAUUUUCAGGUUUAGAGAAAAAUUCCUGACAACACCUUCUCUGCUCAGGCCUUGUAAUUUUACGCAUUACGUUAAGUCUUGAAAAUUUUGAAUGUUGAUUUUGAAACAGUCUGAAAAAUCUCACAACUUUCACACACAAAUGUGUAUGAGAGUUAUUACCCUUCGAUGACACUAACUAUGUAUUUGCGUUUUUAUUGCUUUUUUUUGUUUUCUGAAGGUCUUGUUCAUCUUCCACAUCUAUACGCCAGUUUUCAAGACAGUCAGUACAAGAGCGUAUUCGCCAUUAGCCUCCCUUACACUGAUCCUUUCAAGUGAGAAUGUGUUAAAUUUUCUGUUAAGUCUCAAUACUCUUCUAUGUUUCCUUUUUUAACUUUUACACUACAUGUUUUUUCAAUACCCAGAUAUUCACAGUACACCAUAACGCUUGCUUAUCACGUAAUUGCUGCGUGGUUUAUUCGAUCACGUGUGGCGUAUCGCAAAGCAUUUGUGGGAUUCGUGAGUAAGGUAAGUGAGGUAAUAUUUUGUAACACAUGGAAAUUGAGGUUUAUUGAAAUAUCAGUUAAGGUUUUAUGAGCUUCUUUUAAAAUACUUGUUGGCUAAAGAUGAAUUGUCAGGGAUUGAGACUAUGAUGUUGAAAUGUAUGAAAUUUUCUGAACGACAGGUACAAUUUACGUGGAGUUUAUUUUUUGGGUUACGAUUAAGCACUCUUGAACUAAAUAUGAUCCCUUGAUGAAGCUUGAGGGUUGAUCAUUGCGUUACCUUCUCACUUUGAAUUCAAUAUUUUAGGCACGCCUAGUUAAACGUCAAUCCAGUUCUCAUGGUACAAUCUCUCUUUUGGAAACCCGCCAAUUCAAAGGAUACAAACUUUGUUCUCCAACUGAGUAAAAAGUUGCUUUUUAACAUUAAUUUUACUUGUUUUGAAGGAAAUACUUUUGCUUGUCCCUGAGUGGAGUUCCUUUUGUAAUGUAGAUGAAGGGGAAUUACCCGAAAGUAUUCCAAUUAUGUGAGGAUCUGGUCCAUUGCAAUGCUAAGCGCCCUAUGUAAUCUAUUUUCGGAAUGAAACGAAUUCAUAAAUUUACUUUGUUGGUUCUUGUCAUUUCCAGGGUCUCAAAUCAAGUGCUAUAAUUCCGGACCGUUAUGAACCCAAACCAGACAGCCCCUCUCUGGCAACAACCAAAUCUCGCACUGGAAACUCUACAAAUCAGCCCUCGCCCCAGAUUCAUAAUCGGUCAAGUUCGCCCGUAGUUCAGAAGGAGACUGAAACGGCGUGUGAGCUACAUGCUGAAAUGAGUGAAGUUUGUAUGGACAUGAUGGCCAGAUACACGUUUGCUCCGUGUAUGUCACAGCCAAACAGGUUAGAAAUGUGACUUCCUUUUUUUGUCCAUAAAAUUUGAAGAACAAUUUAACCUUUGAGACUUAAGAUGGUACAAUAUGGUUCACCUCCACAAGAUAGUCAUCAGCCAAUGAAAUUCUUAAGUCUUUUUUCUUGAAACUAGAUGAACCACUUAGACUGAUCAGAGGAAAGGAAAAAUUGAAGACGAGAGUGAUCUUUGCGAUAAUAAACAGGACUUAAGUAGUUAUGAAAAUAAGGCCUGUACGGGAGUUGAACCUUGACCACUGCGAUACCGGUGCAGUGCUCUACUAACUGAGCUAAAAAACUAAGUGGGAGCUGGUCUUUAUGUUGGUUCACAGUCAAAGGAAAACUUCUCAAGAGCAUAUAAAAAACUUAACUAAUGCAUGUAACAGGGUAGUGGAUCGUAAAUGAAAUAGUUGUGAACAAUUUACUUUUGCAUCUUGUUGGUUGGAAAGACACCCAAGGAGUUGUUCGAAGUUUGCUCCAAAAAAGAUGAAAGGUUCCUUGUUCAAACAGGGAAAAAUAGAUCCUGCUCUUAUUAUAUUGGCAGAAAAUAACGCAGGUUUAUUAUGAGAUACCUUCGGCUAAGAAGAUGUUUUGUUUCAUGUUCAGGACCAAAGCGGUGGAGUUGAUGCUAGCCAAUGGUCAUUCUCGUACUUGGAUGAUCGGUAAUACAAUAGUAACCAUAACCACUUCAGGUACUUAUAUCGGCCAGGAUGGUAAUUGCGACAACUGCCUGGCUCUGAGACAAAGAACAGUAAAUAUGUCACCAAAGGAAAGCGCAAAAACAGAGAGGAAUGUCAAACAGAAGAUCACCGCGGCAGAUGUUACGACAGAAGAUUCUCAUAUCCAGUCUCCCGACGAAAAAGCUCAUGGCACGUUUACGAGUCAUGGAACUGGGACUCAGACUCCCGCGGGCGCUGAUGAAUCUUCGAAGCCUGAGGUGAAGUCAGAGUUUCAUAGCGGCGCACUAUCAGACCGGCGGCUCAGUGGACAGUUUGUUGCUAUCAAUCCACAAAACUGUCGAUGUGUUUGCCAAGGCUGGGCUGAAAUCUUUAUCCGUCGGCCCAGCGGAAACAUCUCUUGGAUCAUGCGCAUUCAGAAUAGGGCUACGUCAUGGUUGGAGAGUGACGUCAGUACUGCCCUUAUAGAUGACCCUCAGAUAGACGAAGGUAAGUUUGACACUCAGUUGCUGCUUAGAGCUCUGUUUUUUUCUAUUUCAUGUCUUGUAAUCAACUCUGCCAGAGGACUUUCUUAGCUUUGUGUAUGAGUUGGUUAUUUCAUUUAUUUUUUCAGAUCCUCAGCGAAUUUUUCUUAAAUCUCUCUGAUGUAAACACGUCUAUGCUAACGACGAUUUCGUUUCAGUUGAAAAUGAGAAAAAAAAAACACCUCGGAGAGAAGAUAUGCGAUCUUACAAAUGGAACUGAAUAGAUCUGUGGUUUACCUUGCACUAUACCAUCACUUAUUUCCUCAGUUCGAAAUAAACUUUUCGGCUAAGAAUGUCGAUCCUCUUCUCACAAAAUUUUAUAUGUGGCAAAGGUCCUGCUGAUGUUUGUUAAAUUCUCCCCUCCUCUUGUCAGUUUCUUCUCCACCCUGUGAAAAGCGAGGAGAGGUCCUGAGUACCAGUACUGAAAGUGGCUCUGUUAUUAUUGACGUGGUGAGGCAAAGUAAUCCUCCAGAGGGGGUAGGAACUGCUUUUCAUGAUACAGGUACAAGGUCUAUUAAAGAUAACGUUAAAUUACUAUCAAAAGUGUAUGAAAUGGCAGUUAAGGGGUGGAGGGUGGGGAGGGGAGAUGUCAUAAACGCUCGAAAGUCUUGCUUUUGAGACUAUCAACGCGUUCGCGACAGUAACCUCAUUCUUAGGCUCGUUCCGUUUUUGCUCCUUCAUUUCCAGGGUUCCUUGCUAUCACCGUGGGAAGAGUCUGGGAAUGAGAUUCCCAUGUCAGCUAAUGCAUGAGAUUCGAGAAUUUCUCUUUGCGCGGAAAGUUUAAGGAUGUAGCUACAGUUGACAGUGCGCUUUAAACACUUAAUGCCACACUCUUAGUUUUUGGGUGUCUCCUCAUUAAUCUGCUUCAUCAUUUAUUUUCUUUCCCGGUUGGUUUUCUGUUUAUUGUUGAUUUGCAUGCCGAAAAGCCCGUGGGGAGUCACUCGCUCGUUCCGGCUGGCAACAUGGCAGCACAGAUGGCGACAAAGAUGCUGAUGCACCUCAGCUGAAUUCAGUGCUCAUUUAUUCACAAAGCGCCAGCACGGCCACUCCGCCAAGCACACCAGCGGGGUCUGUAGAUUCUGAGCUCUUUGAAGGAAGAGAAAGGCUCUUAAGUAGGAGCCCCAGUAAAGGACCUCAUGUUUUUACGGUACGCCGGGUUUGAACAGUUGUUUUGGUUUACACUUUGAUGAUAUCUAAAAGUUUUGAAACUUUAGGCUUGAACCAAACGUAAGCUACUUGGUGAAAAUGGUGCCAACAGAGUCUUUAAAGAGUCUUGUUGCGUAUAAAUUCUUUUAAAAUUGACUCAUGCAAAGAAGCUUGAAGGUAUGAUCAGUCAGAACACAAAAGAAUAGCUAAUGGCUAUUAAGUGUUAUUACAAACGGAUGAAGUGGAUGGUCUCAUCUUCACUCUGAUUUGUUAAACCAAGUUCACUUCACAUCUCUUUCUUUUGUUUUCAGAUGCGAGAAUCUGAAUGUUCUGAUAUACUUGGAAGCUUGGAAAGAACUCCGAACGAAGGUAACUUGCUAGAGCUUCUUUGCCUUUUGGCUUUGGUGUACUUUGACUCGAUGCCUUUGCGAAAUUGAUCGAUAUUUUGUCAUCUUUGAUGUUCAGAUGUUCCGCCGAACAAGACGAGAAAAUUUGAUAAGGUAAUGAUAAAUUGUCUUCUACUUGUUGCAACGUUCAUGUUAAUAUGUAGUGAACCUCGCGUAAUGGUCACAUUCGCGAAUCGUAAGUUGCUAUAGAACUUAACUUCACAGACAAGAAAACCCUCCCGUAACCUUACUGACAACGAACGACAGCGAUCAAAAUUCGAAGUGCAGCUCGAUGUUUAUGCUGUCCCAUGGCGAAAGGAUUGAGGUCGCAGAAUACCCCACAGGGCAUUUCUAACCGUUAACCAAAUAUUUCACAUGUAGGGGUGUUGGGUGUCAAUGGUUCUACCGGGAUUUUGCGGGAAUGCCAAGCUGUUUUGUAUUUAUUUAAUUAUUUAUUAAUGUAUCUAUUUUUCUAUCCAUUUAUUUAUUUAUUUAUUUAUGUAUUUAUUAGCAAUGUUUAACCAGGCUGGCCUAGUUCAGCUGAAAGUUGGUUCAAUUUUUUAACCAUGAUGCAAAAGGGGGUUGAUGUCACAGUUGUCCAGGGAACAUCUCCUACCUGCUCCACUCUUGAUGCGACGUUUAUUACCGAAAUUUGUUAAGAAGUGGACGAGAGUUUCCUAAUGCGGCUUGAUUAUUAUCUUAUAUCAGCCAGAACUAGGUGUUUCUCCUGUUGACCCGUUCCCAGUGUCCUCUCUACCAAGACAUAACCAGUUAGAGCGAAAAAGAAGAGACGAAACCAAAUAUCUGUCGUCAUCUGAGAUGUACAGGGUGAGACUUUUUUUGUUUUUGGUAGCGAAGAGCAGCGAUAACAACAACUAAUUGCUUGUACUACUGUUGAACGUUAUCGCUUUAGUUUUUGUAUAAGUAUUCAUUACCAUUAUUUCUGUUGUAAAUAUUCAUCUCUCUUUGCAGCUUGCAAGUGACGAGAAGAGUGUGCAGUCUCUCAAUACUGAGGAGAAUGAGGAUCUCUCUGGUAAGAAGCAUUUUGCGAAUCAAGCAGACGUGUAAUCAACACCACUCUCUUCUUUUUUCUCAAAUCUUGUACUUCUCUUCUUCUUCAUCUUGUCUAUUCGCCUCCUCCUCAUCCCGCUUUCCCCCCUUGUCCUCUCCACUGCCCCCUCACUUUACCCUUGUCCUCUCCACUGCCCCCUCACUUUACUCUUGUCCACUCCCCUCCCCCCUCACUUUCUCCCUUGUCCUCUCCUCUCCCCCCUCACUUUCUCCCUUGUUCUCUCCCCUCCUCCCUCACUUUCUCUCUUGUCCUCUCCCCUCUCCCCUCUCCCCUCACUUUACCCCUUGUCCUCUCCCCUCCCCCCCUUGCUUUCUCCCUUCUCCUUCCCCUCAUUUCUCACAUCCUUUCUAACCAUCACCCUUUCUCUCUUUCGUGUAUUAUCAGAGCAAAAUUAACAGUUGUAGUUCUUUUCAUCCAGGAGACCAAAAGAUGGAAACUGUUCAGGGUGAUGUUCCUCAAGGUCGGACAGCCAAUCCAGCCAAGAAGGCCGAAAGAAAAAAAUCAGUUCCAUAUCAGUCCCUUGAGGAAGAGCAUGGUGUGAUCAGAGAGAGUCCGGAGUUUGCUUUGGAUACAGUAUUUUCCAAAACGGAUACCAAAAGCGCUCCGACAACAAGCUUUGACUCCGGUGUGAGCAGAUAUCACCAGGAUCCCUCUCGUUUUCCUCAACCGAAACAACAUGGUGAUAAACUGGACACUAGUGAUCAGGUUCCUAGAAAGGUGAAGUUGAGAAAGUCCUCAAGUUUUAGUUCACCCACCAUGGCGAGAAAAGCCUUGGAUCUUUCGGAACAUUCUCCAUAUGCAUCCCCUCGUCAGGGAAGGAUUUCAAUUGCAGUGAAAAGCAAAGAAGCGGAGGACAGGCUCUUUUCCCCGGCAAGCGUUGGUGAUCCAAAAAAAAGUACCUCUUCCCCGGAGUUAUCUUCACCACCAGCUUUCCCUAAAGGUACAAAUACACAAGCAAGGUACACUUGUGGAAUGCGGCUGUGAUGAAAAACUAUGAACUUUUGGAUGUUGUAAAAGUCCCUGAAUUAUUUUGUAAUCACAGCUACAUCUCACAAGUGCACCAUACUUAUAUCUCUACAUCUUUCUAUGUGGAACUCAAAGCCAUUAUUUUUAUGCCAUGGAAGUAAGGCCUAAUACGGAAGGCUGAAUUGGUGCGAUUCAAAGACAGAUUUUUUUGAGUGCGGGGGAGGGGAAGGAGGGGGGGGCGUGUGUCUCCUGUUCUGUCCUGAUUAUUAUUUGGCCAAGUUUUUAUCAAUUAACGGCUAUUACUCCGGCUCAGAAUUUAGAGUUCCUAAUAUUGUAAAAAGGAAACAAGAAUAAACGAACUCUCCUUGCAUAGGCCUCUUCGGAGUACAUAGCUCCUUUGCGUGCGUACGAUUAAUGUAUGUGCUGUGUUAACAAAGCUCCCACUGGCCUUUGAAUUAUAGCUUGUGCGAAAAAAGAAAAGUUUAUAUUAGGUUUUCUUGGAAUCAAAUUUUUCGUCUUGAUAUGAUAUCACGAUUUUUCAUUUCUUUUUCAAGUAUUAAACAGUGAAACAUCCAAGCGCCCGACAUCUCGCUCCAGAAUGAUGCCCCAUGCAAUCGGACCUCAGCUUACAAACAAGUCGUCUAAAUCGGCACCAACUGUUGGAGACUCCUCUGAUGGGGGCCCCAAAGAGCCUCCCAUAUUAGUGACCCCAUCAGAAUCAUUCAGAUACCCACUGGACCCUUGUUUUGUGUUUCUACAGUUGUAUCACGCUUCCUUCUUGGGCCCGGUCAACGAAAGACCUCAGCCCCUCCCUGAUGGGGAAGUAAGUUUCAGUGUAUUUUGUAAGGUUGUAGUGUGAUCCAGAUAAAUACAAACAUAAAGUCAACAAAGAGGAGAGGCUAAAUAAAUGUUUUGUCAUUGUAAAUGGUGUGGAAAUAAAAGCUGCAGUAUGUAGUGCAUUUGAGCGCAGUGGAGUGUUUACGAAACACCCCAUUGCGCCCGAAUGCCUCAAACUCAGUGGCAGGCCAGGAAAAGCUCGUACUGACGCGGUUAUCAUGUGGGCCGUCUCGCAGGCCAUAACUCAAGUACCACUGAGAACUAAGUUUUAUUUAUUAAUUUAUUUGUUAUUAUAUAUUUUUUUGCUUAUUUUCAUUUUCUGCUUAGGUCAUUGAAAGAGCUAUUAAAUGUCUUGAUCGCAUUCCUCCCUACGACACUCACAAGAUCGGUGUUAUUUACGUGGGGCCUGGGCAGCAUGACAACGAAGCGGCAAUUUUAAGCAAUGUGUACGGGUCCUCCCGUUAUAUGCAGUUUCUCGCGGGUCUCGGGACGCUUGUUCGGCUGAGGGAUUGCCCACCCGCCGAGAUUUACACUGGGGGGCUGGAUAGAAAUGGAGCAGAUGGUGAAUUUGCGUACAGCUGGCAAGAUGACAUUUGUCAAGGUAAAAAAAUUGCCAUUUAUUAAUAAAUGCCUCGCUGGACUCGAGAUCGAAAGCACUAGGUCAGUGUGUUUAAGCGUUUAGCUCGUAACCAUGGCACAGUAGUCGCGGCAGAGUGAAAACAUCUUUGCAUCCAAAGAAAAAAAGGAAACAUGGGUCGCUGAUACUCGACUUAUUCCAUGGACAGGAAUUUUGCCAGAGAAACUUGAAAUGCUGGGGACGGAAGUAAUUUGCCAUAAGCCAGUAUUCUGCCCGGGGGGGGGUUACCAUUACUCCUGAUUGCUUCAUGUUGCAGAAACUGGGAUAAUUCUUGUCCUUGAUUCCAAAUUUUUCUCUUCAGUCAUAUUCCACGUUGCCACAUUGAUGCCAACCAGAGAUUCGGACCCAGGCUGCAACUCUAAAAAGAUGCAUAUCGGUAACGAUUUUGUUACCAUAGUCUAUAACGACUCGCAGCAGGCGGUAAAGUUUGGCAGAAUUAAGGUGAGAUAUCCUUUUGCACCUAAAUAUAAAAAGACUCAGGUUUGGAGAGCUGGCUUUAGGGAACCUUCUAUUAGACGCUUUCUUUUCUUUUCUUUUCUUUUCUUUUCUUUUCUUUCCUAUUUUUUUUCCAAUAAAAUUUCCCUGGAUAUGUACAAUUUAUUACGUUCUCAGUUUUUCUUUCUGUCGCCAGGGUCAGUUUAAUUUUGCUGAGGUGUUGAUCAAACCUCUCGACAAUGCAUCUAACAUGGUGACUGUGAGAUUCAAAGAUGAGCUGAAGGAGCUACUCUCAGACACAGGAACUCGAGUCAUCUCGGACAACAACUUGCCGCGACUAGUUCGGCAGCUUGUUGUACAUAUCAAUGUGAGUAUAAUUUAAACCACGUAAUGGAGUAUUAUGCCUCGGAAACAAGAUGAUUUUCAUCGUGUCAUUAUAGAGUGUUACAUAGAAAGGUAAUACUAAUUGAUGGAGUAAAAUCUCACCUUACAGAUCGAAAAGUUUCCUUUUAUACGCUUGAAUUCAACCAAAGAAGCCGCUUUCUAGAAAACAACCAAUCUACGUGGUUGCAACCGUCCAAAUGAAGUGAAUCAAAAACAGUGGUUAUUGGGGAAUAUGUUGUCGUCAGUGGUGUUGUUGUUUUCCUUUUUGUUUCGCUCCUAAUUUUUUAAGCAGAUUGUCAAGUGUUGAACAAGGAGCAUGAGCUGUUGCUUUUGCAUAACUAUAUUGCAUACGACGCUUGUGUGGUUUUGUGUGAAACCAGAGCCUUGGCGCCGUCGAGCAUCAGGUUUGAGCUUUAGUAGAUGAAAUCAAGUUGAAACGAACUUAAGCAAAGCUUACUGAAUUUAAAACAUAAAAGAGGAAAAUGCUCUUUCGACUUAGCGCCGGUGUAUGAUCUGUAACACUCAUAGGUUUCAAUGUAUCCAUUCUUUGAUGCAAAGACUCCUUUGCCUUGACUGUGAUUAUUAUUGUCAUUAUUUUUUUUCCUAGAUGGCUUCUGUAAUUCACCAAAGUCAAAAGCGUCCAACCGACGCCUACGGUUGUAACUGGCUGGAGCGAUUACGUCAGAUUAAGCGCGUGCACUCAAAGGCUGCGACUGAAAACUCCUCGGUCCCCAGUAGUCCAACAGUACGGAGGGUGUCUCCGUCCGUAGGACUGCGCAUGUCGUCAGCACCGAUCAGCGGUCUCACAGACUUUACAGAGUACAUCAUAAAAUAAUGCUAAAUUAACGCUUAUUAUUGUGGGAAUGAAAUUCAAUGAGGUGUCCUUUGAGGGCAAGGUUUUUUCCUCGAAAGUCUAAUUCAGUGCUUGAAACCUUUUCCGAUGAAGAAGCUUUGAAGAAACGAAAGAAUCCUUUGAAAUAUCGUUUAACCCUUUAUUCGCUUACAUCAGAAUGCAUAUUCUCCAUACUGUUCUCUAUACAUCUUCUAAGGUGCUGACAAGGAACAUUUGUUUAUCAAUCAAGAGUUUUUUUAAGCUGGUGAUCAUUUUCUUUAUUCUCGUGAUCUUACUGCAUGAUUCAGGGGUGAUUGUGUAGGGAGAAUAAAGAUGUUAGUCACCAGCAGAGGUUGAAGGGUUAACAUAGAUGGUUAUGAAGAGAAUCAAGCCCUUCGUUUAAGAGGGAGGGAAAACAAUAGCUGUAAACAGAAAGGACAGGAAAAUACCUUCUUGGGCUGGAUUGCAAAAUAUUCACCGUACUUCGUUAUUUAUUCAUUAACUACGGACCGCAAUCGCAGUUUAGAUUCCUUAUAGGGACUCAUCUUUCUCCAGACCUCUCUAUAUUCGCACUCGUUGCAACAGUGCGGGAGAGCACGAUUAAUGCAUUUUUCAUCGCGUAUUUUGCAAUCGUUCCUUUUCUUGAAUAUUCUAAGGCGGCGUCUUACAUAAAUAGAUGUAUAUAAUAAUUAUUUUGAUAAUGAUUUACUGUUUUAAGAGGGCGUAAGAAAAGGAAAUUACCAGAGAUAUGUAAAUGAAGAAAAGACACAAAGAUUUCAAACUUAUUGUGUUUACUAAUAGAAG